AAAAAAAAACGCAGUAAUUCAUUCGAUAGCCAGCUGGCAUUGAGUACGAUAGCUCCGCAGUCUGCUCAUUGUCAGGUCGCUUCAUCUGUGCGAUAGCUCCGCCGUCCUCAGAUGUUAGCAAGCUAGGAGAGCAUCAGGGUGCGAUAGCUCCGCAGUCCGCCCUAGGUUCUAUGCUAGGUUACCUAUCUAAUACUUAUACCUACUCAUGUUAUUUAAGUUUAGUGUGUUAUCAUACAAUAAAUCUACAAGUCCUAUGAUAUUGGAGUUUUCAUUCAUAACCACACUACAACUGGCGCCCAACGUAAAUAUCUAAGAGCCAGCAGAGGACAAUAUAAACUGGUUCCUGAAGAAAAUACCUAGCCAGAAAACUACAAUCUGGUACAUAAGGAAAUCAUCACGCCGGAUUACACUACAAUCUGGUACCAAACGGAAAUAUCUAAGCCAGGUUACAUCACAACCUGACUGUCAAGAAAAUUCAAGCAAAAUAUAAUCUGGCGGUAAAAGGAAAUAAAUCACCAGACAAAAAACGACCAACGAUUUCUACAUAGUUGAAAAUCACAACUAUACAGAAUACAAUCGUCAGCGUCAAGAACAAUACAACAUUGCAAGACUGUUGGCUGAAAAAAGAAGCAACAAACGCAAUUAAAAAAAAAAAAAAAACAAACUACCCUCAAUUCAAAAUGUCGGUCGUGAUGACAGAGGAUCAGCUCAGUCGUUUGAUACAAUCACUGAUGUCAACAUCGAUUACAGAAAUGAGUCGAAUAAGUUUUGCUAAGUGCACUUCUCGCUUUAACGGGGAAAGAAAUUAUGACCGUGUGGAGGAGUUCAUCGCCGCCAUCACAAUUUUUAAGAAGAUCGAAAAUAUCGGAGAUGACGACGCACUGGAAGGUUUGGGCCUACUUUUGAUAGAUACUGCUUCAACUUGGUGGCAAGGAGUCAAGCAGGAAGCCAAAACUUGGUCAAGUGCUCUAAACCUGAUUCGAGCUGCCUUCGCUCCGAAAAAGCAACCGCACGAAAUUUACGUCGACCUGUUUUCGUCACAUCAACGUGAUCGCGAGCCAAUAGACGACUUUCUGUGUGCUAAGAGAGCCUUGCUGGCACAACUACCAAGCAAAAGGCACAAAGAGGAAGAACAAAUUGACCUCAUCUAUGGCCUCCUGAACACGGAAAUGAAAAGACAAGUGCCACGAUCUGAUGUCAAAACAUUCACGGAUCUGCUUACAAAGUGCCGCCACUUCGAAAACCUACGUGAGCCACUUCCAUACGACAAAGAUCAAGAAACUGUCAAUAAACCAAGGCAGAAACGGUGUACCUUUUGCACUAAAAGAGGCCACGCUAUAGAGGAAUGCAGGAAGCGCGCCGCUGCCGAAUCAAAGGCGAGCGACGUAGCUGAGCCUAUCAAGUGCUACGGGUGUGGCGCACAAGGGGUUUAUCGCAGCAACUGUACCAAUUGCAAGAAUCAAGAAACUCCCCCGAAGCCUGUUCACUUCUACUCAAUGGUCCCAACCCCAAUACAAGGAGGCGUGAAAAUCCCAACCAUAGAAGUCUCGAUAAACGAUUGGGCAGGCUACGCCUAUCUAGACUCGGCUGCACGAACCAGUAUCGCAGGGGCGAAACUAUAUAAAAUGAUGGUUAAGGCCGGUGCCACAUUCACCGAGAGCGCGGCAAACAUCAACCUUGCUGACGGCAGUAGUAAAAUGCUUACCCUCCUAUCAACAACUACCAUCAUUACCAUCGGUGAUCGCAACUUGCCAAUAACAAUGGUUGCUAUUCCAGAGGCAGAAGAGACCCGUACACUAUUGGGAAUAGACUUCCUAGAGUCCGCCGGAAUCGUGCUCAAUCUGCCACAACGUUGUUGGUCAUUCAUCGACAAUCCAAAGAAACAUUACCAGUUUCUCCAACUCAGAACCGAAGCUGUCAUGACUGAGAAAAGCGUGAGCAAGCACCUGGCUAUGAAAAUGGAUUUCAUGGACUCCUGUACCAACGAAGAAGAAACCAAGGAAGUAUCUCAAUUCAUGAAAUGGGCACGAGAGCUGGCAAUACUAUCUCCUAUGCCGGAAACACCACCAGACACAGCUCAGGCAUCACCCCCCAAGAUACGCAAGUGGAACCCGAUAAAACUUGAUUCACCGCCACCGAUCGUCCGUCCUCGAGAACCAUGGGCAGAAAAUGAAGACAUAGUGCGUCGUAAAGAUCCUAGAGUCAAUUAUAUACCAAUAAAUCCUACUCAAUUGUAUUCCCUUGAUGUUUCAUUCCAUAAUUGUCCUCUGCUGGCUCUUAGAUAUUUACGUUGGGCGCCAGUUGUAGUGUGA